AUGCAGAAUUUCUACACUGAGUCUACUACCUGGGAUUUGAAAUUCAAUUUGGACAGCGAUAUUACGCUUUACGUACGGCAUAGAGGCGCCGCCUUCCGCAUCUGCUACCAUGCACAUAUCCUCGCUGCCUCACCUUCUGCCUUGAAACAGCAUCACGAGUCAUGCCGAAUCCUAUAUAAGGAUGAUGCGGAUGAAGAAUGUUGCAAAGUGUCGGACCGUCUCAGAAAACCAUUUGAGGACCUUAUGACCGAGAUAGCCCCAACUCCAUUAACGGGGUCAACGGAGUAUCUGCAUAGCUAUCUCUAUCCACCAUGGUUCAUUCUCGAGGCAAGGGUGGCUAAGAGCGGCUAUAUUCAGCCACAUUUCAAGGCGGCCCUCUCACGACAGGAGUUCGGACGUCCGGGCGAAUAUAUAGACAACGACUUCCUUCAACCGCACUUAUCUCCGCUGCUUGACUCGAAGCUUAACAAGUACUCGUCUUAUCAUGUACAAGUCCUGGCUCGGACAUCGCAGCUAGUUCCAUCUAGGGUCCUUGUCGACGGUACUGUCUACUUCUUCAAGCCUUGGAUAUCAGGUCGAAUGCAUGGAUAUUACGAACUACAAUCAUAUAGGAAGAUCCUAGCGGAUACCGAGGCAAGCCCGUCCUUUCUCGCUGGCGUACGCAUCUGUCGCCUUCACGGUUUGGUUAUCGAUAAUGAUGAUGAUGUCCUCCAGCACUAUCCUCUCGAUAGCGACGAGAAGGAUUAUCCCGGAACACGUUUAGUCGGACUACUUCUUACUUACAUCGAGAAUCGGGGUACUCUGGAAGAUUUGGCGCCUUGGUCGGACUGCACAAAUGAAGAUCGACUUCGCUGGUCUAAGCAAAUACACCACUCGGUCGAAUGUUUGCAUGGCGCAGGCGUGGCUUGGGGUGACGCUAAGCCCGAUAAUGUCUUGGUUGAUAUGGAGGGCGAUGCCUGGCUUAUUGAUUUCGGUGGUAGUUAUACCCCGGGCUGGGUUGACGAGGAUAAGCAGGAAGCUGUGGAGGGAGACCGGCAGGGUGUGCAAAGGAUUGAUGAUUGGCUCACCAGAUGGUCCCGCCAGCCGGUUACUCGUAUCAAGCGGAGUGGUGAAGAGGGUGGGGAAGGAGGAGUGUGA